AUGGUGGACGUUGCGAUUGGCACGCCCGUGCCGGCGUCCAACGCAAAAGUCGUCGCCUACCCGGUGCCCGACGCGGCGGCCUCUUCCGACUCGCCCGACGAGGCGGGCCGCAUCGUGCCAACGGACGCAGCGCUGCGCGAGAACCAACGCCUGACCGGGCUAACGGACGUAGAGCUGCAGCGGGAGGUGGUGGACGUCGCAUUUUCAGGGCUGCGCGCAGACACCCUCCACACGCUGCUGUGGCGGCUGCACACGCCGGGCUGCCCAAAUCUGCGCGUGCUCAACCUCAAAGCCAACCGGGGCCUCGACGACGGUGUUGCAAUAUCGCUGGCACGUGUCCUGCCCGGCGCCUGCCCCGCUCUCGAGUGCGUGGAUCUGAGCGGACCGCCCGUUGGUGGCGUCGCGCUCGCCUCGAUGAUGCCUCGCCUCAAGUGCUUGCAAAGCCUUCUCCUCAGCUUCAACGCCCUCGAAAACGGUGCGGCUGCGGCUCUCGCGCAGAGCGCCCCCGCGUGCACCGCGCUUUUGCGCCUUGAACUGCUGCACAACAGCUUUGGCGGCGACGCAGCGCGGGCGAUCGUGGCGCCGUUUGCGGCGCUGCUCAGCAGCGAGAACGUCGUGCUGACUCGCCUUGAGCUGAGGGACGCCGACCUCGUGCUCCUCGUUGCGUCUCUGCCUGCGCGUGGCGGGGCGCUCCGUUCCCUUGACCUAUCCAGGAACGGGUUGCGCGACGCGACGGCGAUCGCGUCGCACUUCGGCGGCGGCGGCGCGCCCGAGCUUGUCUCGCUCAAGCUGGGGCACAACCCGCUCUCAGCAGCGACGCUGAAGAGCCUCGGCUGCGCGCUGCCCUCGAUGCGCGCGCUGCAGACGCUCUCGCUCUCGCAUGGCGAUCUGGGCGACGAGGGUGCACAGGCUCUCUUUGGCAGCCUCGCGUCAGAAGGCGCCCUGUCCGCCUCCGGCGUCAAGCCCGCGGCGGAACUGCGCAUUCUUGAGCUGCGGGGAUGCGGCGUCGGCGACGGUGGCAUGCGCGCGCUCGUCGCCGCCCUCGGCGGUGGGAGGAUGCCACAGCUGCGCAAGUUGCUCCUCCGUGGCAAUGACGUCGGCGACGACGCGACGCUCGGCUCGCUGGCGCAGGCAAUCGGCCCGCUGGCGGCGCUCAUCGAGAUUGAGCUGGGCGGCAACCCAUUCCGCUCGUCAAUGGGCGCCCUCGGCCUCGCCACGCCGCCCGGCCUCAAGGCGUUGCAAAAGGCGUGCAAGGGGAAGAAGGUGAUUCUCUCGUCGUGA